GGCGCGCUCAGAGCAGCUACGACGCGCGCAGCCCCAGCAGCGGACGCUCUUCAGACCGACUUACACGCGCGCACGCACAGAGCCCCAGCCGCAGGCGUCCGCCGAAACGCCGCCUCGUCGAUUUCACUCGCCCGGGGACGCUGGAUAUGGAGCUGGCCGGGUCCGAGUAGCAGGCGCGGACAAAGCGGAUCAGCGCGAGCCGAGAUGAGCGCGACUAUGAGCGGCUCUGGGUCGGCACCCUGCCGCUUCGCACAUUACUUCGUUGUGUGCGGAAUAGACAACGAAACGGGUCUGGAGCCCGACGCUUUGGCAGCUUUGUACCAAUGGCUAGAGGCCGAUCGUCAGGGCAGGGACCCGGAGGCCGUGGCAGCAGGGGAAAACUUUGAUCAGAGCCCCCUCAAAAGGACCUUCAAGUCCAAAGUGCUGGCCCACUACCCCGAAAACAUCGAGUGCAACCCAUUUGACCAGGAUGCUGUCAACAUGCUCUGCAUGCCCAAAGGCCUGUCGUUUCGGACACAGCGUGACAGUCGUACCCCACAGUUCCACUCUUUCCUCAUCACGAGAGAAGACGGGUCUCGCACUUACGGUUUCGUCCACACCUUCUACGAGGAGGUGACCAGCCCUCAGAUCUGCUCCGCCAUGCAGACGCUACACCAGAUGCAUCAAGCGGAGCACAACGCGUCUGCCCACAACUGCCCUUCUUCGUCGUCCUCCUCGUCCUCGUCCUCCUCGUCCUCCUCUAGCAUGGACUCUUUGGCCAGCAGCCUGGAUGAAGUGGAGUCUCCUUCCUCGACUUCCUCCUCGCAAGGCGGCCGCAGGAGCUGCGGCUGCUCCGGCGAAGGCUACGACUCGGUUCGUGACACGCUGUACGUGUCCAAAGCUAUGUGUCUGAUCACUCCCAUGCCCUUCAUGCACGCCUGUAAACGAUUCCUGUCCCAGGCGCACCGUGCUGUCAUCUCCCAUCAGCCACCCCCGCUUCCUUUGGAGAGCUACGUAUACAAUAUCCUCUAUGAAGUACCUCUGCCGCCGCCGGGACGCUCGCUAAAGUUCCACGGAGUGUAUGAACCCAUCCUGUGCCAGAGGCCUGGUGUCGGGGAGCUGCCUCUGGCUGAUUUCCCGCUGAGCGAGGCCUUCCGGUUGUUGGGAGUGGAGAAUCUGGUGCAGAUUUUUACUUGUGUCCUGCUAGAGAUGCAGAUCCUCCUCUACUCACAAGAUUACCAGAGGCUCAUGGCGGUUGCGGAGGGAAUCACCACGUUGCUGUUCCCGUUCCAGUGGCAGCACGUGUAUGUGCCCAUCCUUCCCGCUUCGCUUCUGCACUUCCUGGACGCCCCUGUGCCGUAUCUCAUGGGCCUGCAGUCCAAAGAGGGCACAGACCGCUCCAAACUAGAGCUGCCUCAAGAGGCAAACCUGUGUUUCGUUGACAUCGACAACCACUGCAUCGAGCUGCCCGAAGACUUCCCUCAGUUCCCCAACAAGACCGAGUUCAUCCAGGAGCUCAGCGAGGUACUGCUAAGCUUUGGUCUGUCUCCUGAGGGGGGCAGCUCUUCCCCUGAUCCGACCGUCGGCUCGCAGACCUCCGCGCUGGAGAAGGAGCUGAAGAACACGUCCUUGAGCGAGCUGGUGGACGACAGGAAGAACGGCAACCUCGGCGGAGAGGCGCUGGACGUGCUGGAGCUUCUUCAGGGCAACCCGACCCUGGAGCGCCUGCAGGCUCUGGCCAAAAGGACUGGGGUGAAAGUGGCCCGUCUGGAGGCGCUGGCGGCGGGGCAGAAGGCCGUGGCGGAGGAGGGCGUCGGGGGGAGGUCUCCCGCCGAGGAAGAGGAGCUGAGGAAUGCUAAACUGAACGUGCAGCUGAGGGAGGUGUUCGCUGCACGCUUUGCGACAAUGUUCGCCGACUACGAGUCGUUCGUGAUCCAGAACUCGCCGGAUUUGGAGUCCUGGCUGACCAAUAGAGAGCAAAUGCACAACUUUGACAAGGCCUCGUUCCUUUCCGACCAGCCAGAACCGUACUUGCCCUUCCUGUCCCAUUUCAUCGAAACGCAAAUGUUUGCCACCUUCAUCGACAACAAGAUCAUUUCUCAGUGGGAGGACAAAGAACCCCUGCUUCGAGUGUUUGACGGACGCAUUGAGAAAGCCCGUCUCUACAAUGUCCGUGCUCCCAACUUGCGCUCAUCAGUUUACCAGAAAUGCACUUUCCUUAAAGAGUCAGCCCAGGCCAUAGAGCAGAGGCUGAGAAAGAUCGACCACACAGCCAUCCAUCCUCACCUGCUGGAUAUGAAGAUCGGUCAGGGGAAAUACCAGCAGGGCUUCUUCCCCAAACUCCAGGCUGACGUGCUCGCCUCAGGGCCUACCAACAACAAGUGGUCUAAUCGCACGUGCUCGACUCAGCGCAGAGUGGACCGCCACAGACAGCAGAACGACCAUCUUGUGCUGGACAAUGACCUCAAAGAGGUGGAGGGGUGUUUGCUCCUGCAGAACUCUAUGGCUUUCUGGGAGUGGGAUAAGGCGCCACCCCCACCUAUUAAACCGCCUAAAAAGUCCUUCUCGGCCUGCUGUCUGAAGUACAUGCAGGAGGCCCGUAACCUGGGGAAGAACCUGAGGCAACCCAAACUAUCGGACCUCUCCCCUGCCGUCAUCGCUCAGACCAACUGGAAGUUUGUGGAGGGUUUACUGAAAGAAUGCAAAAUGAAGACCAAGCGCAUGUUGGUGGAGAAAAUGGGCAGAGAGGCUGUGGAACUGGGACACGGAGAGGCGAACAUCACGGGCCUGGAGGAGAACACGCUCAUAGCCAGUCUGUGUGACCUGCUGGAGAGAAUAUGGAGCCACGGCCUACAGGUCAAACAGGGGAAGUCUGCGCUGUGGUCUCAUUUGUUGCACUACCAGACGAGAGAAGAGAAGAACGAACAGCUGUCAGAGUCUCCAGUGUCUAAUGGCCAGGAAAAGCGGAAGCCAGAGUCCAGUGUUGGUCUCCCUGCAUUACGUGUAUCCGUCAUACAGGACAUGAGACACAUCCAGAGCAUGGGAGAGAUUAAAACCGAUGUAGGUCGAGCACGUGCCUGGAUCCGUCUGUCUCUGGAGAAAAAACUACUUUCCCAGCAUCUCAAACAGCUGCUGUCUAACCAGGCCUUAACCAAGAAGCUGUACAAGCGUUACGCCUUCUUGCGCUGCGAAGAGGAAAAAGAGCAGUUUCUCUUUCAUCUCCUGAGCCUGAAUGCCGUGGACUACUUCUGCUUUACCAGCGUCUUCACCACCAUAAUGAUUCCAUACAGGGCCGUUAUCAUCCCCAUCAAGAAGCUUAGUAACGCAAUGACCACGUCCAACCCCUGGCUGUGUGUGUCCGGUGAGCUGGGAGACUCCGGCAUCCUGCAGAUCACCAAGAACGUCCUGGAAAUGACGUUUGAUUCUGCCUUUAGGCCUCACACGCACAUCUCCAUCGCCUUCAAGUGUCAGAACCUCGGGAAGUUGACAACAGUGCAGCUGGGUCAUGAUAAUUCCGGCUUGCUCGCCAAGUGGCUGGUGGAUUGUGUCAUGGUCCGCAACGAGAUCACCGGCCACACGUACAAGUUCCCGUGCGGCAGGUGGCUGGGGAAGGGCGUGGACGAUGGCAGUCUGGAGCGGGUGCUGAUUGGUGAAUUUGUAGUUCCGUGCAGCGACGACGACGGAGGAAGAGGGUCUAAGACUCCGCCCCUUCAGCGGUCGCCUUCCCAGAUCCGACGAAUCAGCAUCACUUCACUCACAGGCCGUGGAAACAAACCAACAACUGUACAGAUCCAGGAAUCCAUCGGUGAAGCAGUCAACAAUAUUAUAAAGCAUUUCCACAAACCAGAAAAAGAGAGGGGCAGUCUUACAGUCCUGCUGUGUGGAGAAGGUGGUCUUGUGUGGGCACUGGAGCAGUUCUUCCAUCAUGGAUUCCGCUCCGCUCGGAUCUUUCAGAAAAACGUCUUCGUGUGGGACUUCUACGAGAGAACGGUAGCAUUUAUGGAGAAUGCAGAUCAGAUCGGGGACCUGCAAGAAACCCCGGAGCCUCCAGGUCUGAAUAGCGAAUCGUUCUGUCGAUACGUCAACGCCGUUAACAACAUGCCACGCAACAUUGGCAAGGAUGGCAAGUUCCAGCUGCUAGUUUGUCUCGGGGCGAGGGACCGAGUGUUUCCGCAGUGGCUCCCGGUGCUGGCCGAGUGCCCCGUCGUCACGCGCAUGUACGAGGAGAGCGCGUUGCUGCGAGACAAGCUCACCGUCAGCUCUCUCAUCGCAGUUCUGGAGACGCUCCACGACUUCCCCAUCACGCUGGAGAGCUCUCUGACUAAAAGCGUGGAGCUGUAACGCAGCUUCGGACCGCUCCCCGUCUCUGCCGCCGCCCUCGGGGCCAAAGCGGCUCUACGAGAACCGAAAGGACCGAGGACUUUCUCCCCCAAAGAAAUGAACUCAGAAGUGUGUUUUGUAGCAGUAUUUGGAGUUCUGCUCUUUCUAGUCGAAAGCGUUAGUGGAUUUCUUCCAGAAGACAAGCGUUCCCCCCUCUCCUCCCCUCCCCGUGGAUUCGCUUUCAAACCUGUGGUCGUUUCCGCUAGCGUUUUCUGCUUCAGAUCGCGCGCCCUCUUUUAGAAAGCACUGUUUUUUUGCAGAGCAUGCCGGGAUGCGGGAGCCUUGGUGCGCAUUGACCAGGCAAAAUAAGUACACUUGAGGAACCCGGACGUGAAUCGUUUAUGACGACGGGUUGCUGUCGGCGUUCUGAUUGGCUGAAGGAAUAACCAUCGUAUCGUCCGAAAUUGUCAAAUUGAAGCAGUCUCCUGGUUAAAAGCCUGACAAAUAAAUUUUCACAGGAAAAGGACAUUCCAACAAGAUGUGAAUCAUUGUAUGUUACAAGAUGUGUGAUAGUAAUGUGUGUGUGUGUGUGUGUGUGUGUGUGUGUGGCUUAACAGUUGGAAAGAUGUUUAUUUUGCCAAUGAGUAUUAACUUCAUACUUAGAUACUUGAGUAUCAUGAUUGAUUUUUUUUUUAAAGAAAGAAACACUGAAAAUCAUCUUAAAGCAAUAACGGGCCUGUUUCAGAUCUUUUUUGUUUGUUUAUGUAGUCAAAGUUGAAAUCUCUCAAAUAUAUUAAUUACACCACUCGUGGGGUGCUUUAAGUCUAAAGUGUGGGUGAAGCCUAGUAUUCACCACUAACCGAAGGUCUAAACGCAGCGGUUACUUUGUAAAACUAUGUUUGAUUACUGCAGUACUUGCACAUUGCUUUGAAAUUAAUAAGUAUUGUCCUGAAAUCACUCUUUGUUUGUUCUUUUAUGCAUCGGUUUUAAUCCAGAAUCCUUUUUUUUACAGGACCGAAUAACCGCUUGAAAUCUCUUAAUGUUACUUAAGUUUUGGUUUUUAAGACUCUGAGCAUUUAAUCUAAUACCCGUGUAGCGCAUCAACCUGUGUAUUUUUAUUUCUUUCUCUCUUUUUUUUUUUUUUUUUUAUGCAGCGGAUCAUUUCUGUGUAUUUAUUUUGGGGUGAUGCUUUCGUGACACUGGUUGAUUUGGGAUAAAUUCCGCAGUAAGCUGACACUGUAUCAUCUAUUUAUUUUAGUAACUCUGCUUUCAGGCUUUGUGUAGUGUGGGACGUCCGCCUUGUGUAAAAGACGACUUUAUUUUAGUCCCCAGAAAAGUUGCUGAAAUUUCAGAGACUGGUCUCCCUGGAGGGACGAGGAAGCCUUGUUUGCGGUGCUGGUGCAUGCCACACGUUUUAGAUCUCGGAGAAGUACUGUUGCUGUAAAUCAAUUCGUUCCUCUUCUAGAUCUUGCCUCGUUCUGUGUUUUUUGGGGUUUUUUUUCCUCCUACACGUCGAUCAUAUUCUAAAAAAUCUGUAUGAAAACGAGUGGGUUCCUCCAUGUUUAUAUUUGUGAAGCAACUCAUUAAAAUUGCUCCGUUCAUCCA